UUUUUCAUUGACAGACAUAUGUAGAGUGUGUCGGUCGGAAGGAACACCUGAGAAACCACUUUAUCAUCCUUGUGUAUGUACUGGCAGUAUUAAGUUUAUCCAUCAGGAAUGCUUAGUUCAGUGGCUGAAACACAGUCGAAAAGAAUACUGUGAAUUAUGCAAGCACAGAUUUGCUUUUACACCAAUUUAUUCUCCAGAUAUGCCUUCACGGCUUCCAAUUCAAGACAUAUUUGCUGGACUGGUUACAAGUAUUGGUACUGCAAUACGAUAUUGGUUUCAUUAUACACUUGUGGCCUUUGCAUGGUUGGGAGUUGUUCCUCUUACAGCAUGCCGCAUCUACAAGUGCUUGUUUACUGGCUCUGUGAGCUCACUACUGACACUGCCAUUAGAUAUGCUGUCGACGGAAAAUUUGUUGGCAGAUUGUUUGCAGGGUUGUUUUGUGGUGACAUGCACACUGUGUGCAUUCAUCAGCCUGGUGUGGUUGAGAGAGCAGAUAGUCCACGGGGGAGCACCAAUUUGGUUGGAGCACGCUGCCCCACCCUUCAAUGCUGCGGGACAUCACCAAAAUGAGGCUCCAGCAGGAGGAAAUGGUGCAGAAAAUGUUGCUGCUGAUCAGCCUGCUAACCCACCAGCUGAGAAUGCAGUGGUGGGGGAAAACCCUGAUGCCCAGGAUGACCAGGCAGAGGAGGAGGAGGAGGACAACGAGGAGGAAGAUGACGCUGGUGUGGAAGAUGCGGCAGAUGCUAAUAACGGAGCCCAGGAUGACAUGAAUUGGAAUGCUUUAGAAUGGGACCGAGCUGCUGAAGAGCUUACAUGGGAAAGAAUGCUAGGACUUGAUGGAUCACUAGUUUUUCUGGAACAUGUCUUCUGGGUGGUAUCUUUAAAUACACUGUUCAUUCUUGUUUUUGCAUUUUGUCCUUACCAUAUUGGUCAUUUCUCCCUUGUUGGUUUGGGAUUUGAAGAACACGUCCAAGCAUCUCAUUUUGAAGGCCUAAUCACAACCAUAGUUGGGUAUAUACUUUUAGCAAUAACAUUGAUAAUUUGUCAUGGCUUGGCAACUCUUGUGAAAUUUCAUAGAUCUCGUCGCUUACUGGGAGUCUGCUAUAUUGUUGUUAAGGUCUCUUUGUUAGUGGUGGUAGAAAUUGGAGUAUUCCCUCUCAUUUGUGGUUGGUGGCUGGAUAUCUGUUCCUUGGAAAUGUUUGAUGCUACUCUGAAAGAUCGAGAACUGAGCUUUCAGUCGGCUCCAGGUACUACCAUGUUUCUGCAUUGGCUAGUGGGAAUGGUGUAUGUCUUCUACUUUGCCUCCUUCAUUCUGUUACUGAGAGAGGUACUUCGACCUGGUGUCCUAUGGUUUCUAAGGAAUUUGAAUGAUCCAGAUUUCAAUCCAGUACAGGAAAUGAUCCAUUUGCCAAUAUAUAGGCAUCUCCGAAGAUUUAUUUUGUCAGUGAUUGUCUUUGGCUCCAUUGUCCUCCUGAUGCUUUGGCUUCCUAUACGUAUAAUUAAGAGUGUGCUGCCUCAUUUUCUUCCAUACAAUGUCAUGCUCUACAGUGAUGCUCCAGUGAGUGAACUGUCCCUCGAGCUGCUUCUGCUUCAGGUUGUCUUACCAGCAUUACUUGAACAGGGACACACGAGGCAGUGGCUGAAGGGGCUGGUGCGAGCGUGGACUGUGACCGCCGGAUACUUGCUGGAUCUUCAUUCUUAUUUAUUGGGAGACCAGGAAGAAAAUGAAAACAGUGCAAAUCAACAAGUCAACAAUAAUCAGCAUGCUCGAAAUAACAAUGCUAUUCCUGUGGUGGGGGAAGGCCUUCAUGCAGCCCACCAAGCCAUACUCCAGCAGGGAGGGCCAGUUGGUUUUCAGCCUUACCGCCGACCUUUAAAUUUUCCACUCAGGAUAUUUCUGUUGAUUGUCUUUAUGUGUAUAACAUUACUGAUUGCCAGCCUCAUCUGCCUUACUUUACCAGUAUUUGCUGGCCGUUGGUUAAUGUCAUUUUGGACGGGGACUGCCAAAAUCCAUGAGCUCUACACAGCUGCUUGUGGUCUCUAUGUUUGCUGGCUAACCAUAAGGGCUGUGACGGUGAUGGUGGCAUGGAUGCCUCAGGGACGCAGAGUGAUCUUCCAGAAGGUUAAAGAGUGGUCUCUCAUGAUCAUGAAGACUUUGAUAGUUGCGGUGCUGUUGGCUGGAGUUGUCCCUCUCCUUCUGGGGCUCCUGUUUGAGCUGGUCAUUGUUGCUCCCCUGAGGGUUCCCUUGGAUCAGACUCCUCUUUUUUAUCCAUGGCAGGACUGGGCACUUGGAGUCCUGCAUGCCAAAAUCAUUGCAGCUAUAACAUUGAUGGGUCCUCAGUGGUGGCUGAAAACUGUAAUUGAACAGGUUUAUGCAAAUGGCAUCCGGAACAUUGACCUUCACUAUAUUGUUCGUAGACUGGCAGCUCCAGUGAUCUCUGUGCUGUUGCUUUCCCUGUGUGUACCUUAUGUCAUAGCUUCUGGUGUUGUUCCUUUACUAGGUGUUACUGCGGAAAUGCAAAACUUAGUCCAUCGGCGGAUUUAUCCAUUUUUACUGAUGGUGGUGGUAUUGAUGGCAAUUUUGUCCUUCCAGGUCCGCCAGUUUAAGCGCCUUUAUGAACAUAUUAAAAAUGACAAGUAUCUUGUGGGUCAACGACUUGUGAACUACGAGCGGAAAUCUGGCAAACAAGGUUCAUCUCCAGCACCUCCACAGUCAUCCCAAGAAUAAAGUAGUUGUCUCAACAACUUGACCUUCCCCUUUACAUGUCCUUUUUUGUGGACUUCUCUCUUUGGAGAUUUUUCCCAGUGAUCUCUCAGCGUUGUUUUUAAGUUAAAUGUAUUUGACUUGUGUUCUCAGCAUUCAGAGAGCAGCGGUGUAAGGUUCUGCUGUUCUUCCCUGGAUCUUCUGACUUUACUGCUGUCUGAGAUUUGUAUAUGUGUAAAUACAAGUUCCUUGAUACCCUAAAACCUUGGAUUAAACAGAAUGUGCAUUGUACAUCUUUAAACAAAAUGUAUAUUAAUUUAUUAAAUCUAGUUGUCACUUUAUUUUGGACCUGCUGUGAUCUCGACAGGAAACAUGCCACAGAGCAGUAGUGCACAGGCAAGACUUUUCAGUGAUGCCUUGUGGAGCGCAGUUCAUGAUGUCCUAGCAGCUCUCACUAAGGGAACUGUACAUUCUUUCUUGGCUAUUCAGACCUUACCAAGAACGUUAAAGGAAACAAGUAGAAAUCAGCAGUGGAGUGUCUGUGGUGAUUUUUCCCCCCUCUUAGUUCUCUGGAGAAACAAUGAAGAUGGGCCAUUUCAAUUCCAGAUGUAAACAAAAAGUAAUUUUUAUUUCAACAUUUAAUGUAACUGUUAUUGUGGAUUCUUGUUUUGUGUAUUUUCUUUCCCUUAUUCAAGUAAUAGAGAAUAACUUUCCUUCAAAUGAUUUGAUCCAAGAUACGUCAUUUCUGUAUUGGCAAAAUGCCACUAUUAAAAGUGUAAUUCUUGAAUUUAGGUUGAAUUGAUGACUUUUUAAAACAAAACAGUAACACUGGACAUUUCUACAUUGUAUUGCAUUUGCAAAUGUGUGUGAACGCACGUACAUGUGCAGGAGAAUGUAGUGCCAUAAGAACACUGGCACUUUUUAAAACUUUCCAAGUUAGCUACUUAUUUUCAUUUUCAGGGUUGAGUACUCUAAGCUCUCUACUUACUGUGAGAAGUUUUCUACAUUGUAAAAUUAAAAGAUUACAUUUAAAAUACUCCUUUAGGAUAUUAUUCAGCCAUCAAAAAAAAAAGAAAAAAAAAACAACUAAAAUGUGUUACCACUAAAGUAUUAUUAAAAGCCUCAUUUGUGGAGAUUCGCUGACUUCCUUGGUUAAGCUGUCUUGUAUUUACUUAAUUUGUCCCCUCAACCAGGUGUUUUCUUUUCAGCCUGUUACUGCCCUGUACCAUUUUAAAAAAUAGCCAUCAUGAGUAAGGGCUUCUUUAAAAUAAUCCCUGACAAUAUCUUUGGCAUUAAUAAGACAUAAAGAUAAGACAGUAUAUGUAUGUUUUCAUUCCUGUUUUGUACGAGUGCCUCAUUUUGUAGUCAUGGAAGUAACAUAGUACCUUAAAUAAAAAUGUAAUGACUAAGGUCUAGGAAUAACUAUUGUAGAAGCUAAAUAGAACACUUAGUUGGGGGUGUCAGUUUUCUAUUAAAGCAAACACCUUAGGUACCCAGCCCAAUUUUUAUGUAUAUAUAUUCUGAAAUGCUCCCUUUUUUAUGUGGUCAUUUGUUGCCUUCUAAGUUGAGAGAACAAAACUGAAUAAAGUGAAUGUUAGUUGUAGUCUA